AUGUACAACAACAAACCUCACCCGCUGCUGGAACAGGUUCCCCUAACCGUCUCUCCAUUUGUUUCCCUUCCAGCGGCUACAACACUCUCCUACAACUACAAGACAAUGCCUUCCAACAUACCGCCGUCAUCGCUGGGCAUUCCCACAGCCUCCGACAACCCGUCCCAGCAACCCAAACCCCGCUAUGUGGUCUCCAACACAGGCCACGCAGCACACCCUGAUGACAUUAUAGCGUCUUGUAAAGCACUCCAUGCUCAUGUUAUAAAGCUGCAGGAAGAUGCGGAUCGUGAUUUACGCGAGUUUGAUGAGCGUAUCAAGGAGAGGGACCUGGCGGAGAAGAGACGGCUUGCACCGGGAUGGCUGGAUAGCGAUGCCCGGCUGCUCGAGCCCCAGAAGUCUGCACAAGAAAAUCUCAUGGAUUCGGAGAUGAAGACGUCGGAAGUAACACAAGCUCCUCCCGCACAUGAUCAAGGUGCUGAACUGGAUCGUGCGUUUGGGGGUAUGGAGUUGAAAUGA